AUGACUCUCGGAACGCACCUUCUGCAGCGUAAACCUAACCUUCCACCAAGUCACAUUGCGAGAAUUCAGAACGGAGUCGUCGAGUACUUCCUGAAGUGGAGUAAUUAUUGGGACAGCGAGUACACAUGGGAACAUGAAAGCAACAUAUAUGAGCCUGAGCUGAUCGGAGAAUUCGAAGCGGAGUUGCUGAAGAAGAAGGAGAAUGAAAAGAUCAUGAAACGGAAGUCCGCCGCCGAUGUGUAUGCAGUUGAAAAAAUCCUCGACAAGAGAAUUCAGAACGGCGUCGUCGAGUACUUCCUAAAGUGGAGCGGUUAUGGGGACAGCGAGAACACCUGGGAACUUAGAAGCAACCUAUAUGACCCUGAGCUGAUCAGAGAAUUCGAAGCGAAGUGGCUGAAGAAGGAGAAGGAGGAGAAUAUUAAAAAAUGA